UUAGACACUAAAAUUCAAAAUGGUAGUUACAAAAAUACAGCUGACAUGAUGAAACCGUGUUCUUUAAAUUUUUAAUUUAUUGAUAAGUCAACACUCAUGAAACGAUUUUUACCUAUCCUGUGGCGGCAAUUUCAAAAAGUCAACUUUCUGUUUUCUAAUCAAAAUUAAACAUUUUCCUGUGCACAUAAAUAAAAACUGGUUAUAAAUGUAUAAUGGUUAUAAAAGUAGGCAUAAAUGGUUUUGGCAGAAUCGGCAGAAUUAUGUUUAGAACUUGUAUAUUGAAUCCCGAUGUUGAGGUUGCCGCUGUUAAUGAUCCAGCAGUUGACGUAGAUUACAUCUGUUAUUUAAUAAAAUUUGAUUCAAUACAUGGAAAAUUUGAAGGUGAUGUCGCGCCAUGCAAGGGUGAUAUUCAAAUUAAUGGUGAUUUAGUUAAAAUAUUUCGUGCGAAACAACCAUGCGAUGUGCCAUGGAACACCGCCGGUGUGCAGUAUGUCAUCGAAUCUUCUGGAAUGUUCACCAAUCUGGAAAAAGCUGCGGGACACCUGUCAGUAGAGGGUGUGAAGCGCGUGGUGGUGACCGCACCCAGCAGCGAUGUGCCCAUGAUCAUUCUGGGGGUCAACGAUGAUAAACUCAGAGCUGAUCAGAGAGUGAUAUCGUGCGCAUCAAGCACCCUGUACUGUUUGGCUCCGAUAAUGAAGGUUCUAGAAAACAACUAUGGCGUUUCCGAGGGAUUUGUUACUAGUAUACACGCGAUGACUCCCUCUCUCAAACCACUGGAUGGAUUGUGUUUGAGAGGAAAGCACUGGCGUGACUUUAGAAGCAUCCAUCAGAACGUAAUCCCAGCUAUGACGGGCGCGUGCAAAGCCCUCGGCAAGAUACUGCCCGAACUUAAAGACAAAAUGGUCGGCCUCGCUUUCCGUGUGCCCAUCGUCAAUGUAUCCGUAUUAGAUUUGACAAUAAGGUUAAGCAAAAAAACAACAUUAGAAAAUAUCGUUAAAAACGUAGAAAACGCCAGCGAAACGUACUUACAAGAAGUGCUUAAUAUAUCUAAAGAGGAAGCCGUGUCUUCAGAUUUUAUAAGGGACAGUCACUCUUGUAUAUUGGACGUAAAUUCCAGUUUGCAACUACGACCUGAUUUUUUCAAACUUAUCUGUUGGUAUGAAAAUGAAUUUUCAUAUGCAUGUCGUGUUAUGGAUUUGAUAAUAUUUUGUGAGAAACGAUUCGAACAGAAACAAACUGUGGAAAGUAAAGUUGUUGAAGGUGUAUCAGAAAGUCCUACAUUAACGGACACUGCAGCUGUUCAUAAGAGAUUCAAACCAGUACCUGGUACCUGUCGACAACAAGUUCCUAAUAUAAUAAAGAAUUUUUCUAAAAGUGUCUACAGUAGUAUACAAGAUUUGCAGCCGUUGGUGACAGACGUACCUGUUGCCCAUCAAGGAACAUUCACAGACAGACAACCAAAGAAAGUAAACGAAUUAUCACAAGUACCCACCGAUGAUGAUAUCGUUAAGAAUGUUUUAGUGUCGAAAUCUAUUCAAAAUAUUGUACCGACAUCUAGUGCUUGUAAAAGCAUUGAAGCAAAACCAAGUGUUAAUAAAAACAUUCAUAAAUCAACUAAACAUGAACGAAACGACUUCAACGCUCAGAAUCAUUUGGAGAGCGUGAGAAGAGAGUUAAAUAAAAUGAUGAACGUCACUCAAGGAUUACUUGAGAAAUCUAAUAAACUAUGCGAUCCUUUCAAGUUUAAGAUCGAGGAUCCGGAUCCGAUUCCGGAGUCGAAGAAAAACAAAGUGGAUAGAUCUAUAGCGUUCGUUGAGUCGAACGAAUCAAUGCAAUGUACAGGAUGUUUGACGAAGAGUCAAGGAACAGUUGUUGUUAACAAACAAGUAGAAAAAGCGUGUUCAGGCAGAGGUGAUACGAAAAAUGAUAAUGUCAAAUUAAUGUCAGUGGAACAUUCAGUACUGACUGAAGAUCCUCCUCAAUUACAUGGAGACGAUAUAAGUAAGUUUCAUGUAAAAACUUUAUACGACACGAAUUUCGAAGAGAUAGCCGAUAGUCGUCAUGCAGGUGAAUUGGUACAAAAACGAGCUAUAACCAAACUUCAAAAGACAAGUACGAGCUUCCUCAGAGAAAAUCCUUAUGUGUAUGCUUUUAACAAGAAACAUGAAUUUAGAAAUGAACAAUUAAAAAAACAAUUACAAAAAGCUAGUCCCGUCAGUAUAAAGAUGGAAGGGAUUAAUCUUGCCAGUAACGAAGCACAUUGUUCCGAAAAUAUAUCUAGAUAUAUUAUUGUACAAGAAACUGAGAAUGCUAAAGAUCGUAAAUUCUUAGGACAACGACUUGUUGGUAAACAGAAUAUUCUAGUACAAAAACAAGUUAUUUGUGAAAAUGUGGAAUUACAUUCAAACGAUAACGCAUUUGUUAAAAGAGAUGAAAAUAAACAAGAUAUAUUUGAUAAACUUGAUAGUACAAGUGCUACUAAUUCUGAAAAUUCAUUUCACGUUAAAGAGAAACAAUCUCAAGUUAUAUGUAUCAACGAUUUAACUAAUUCCUUGGAAGAUUUGUCACGUUUAGAAAAGAUAUGCAAGAUUAUAGAAAUAUCCGAUGAUCUGUCAGACGAGUUGUUUUCAAAACUGAAACCAACAGAACCGACUAAUAUGAAAAAUAAAAAAUGGUCCUUCAAAGAUCUUUGCGCUAAAAUUAAAUUGGACGAUUUUUGUGAUAAAGUUUUUCGUGAGUAAAAUUUUGGUUUUUGAUUGUAAAAGUAUUGUUUGUAAUAAAAAGUU